AUGACUCGUCAUGGUGUCGUCUACGGUGGCGGAGGCUCAAGCAUGGUAUCAACUCGGCAAGCCAACUACUUCAUCAUCGAAGACCGGCGCACAAACUCUCGUGACAUUACGCGGGCCAUCCACGACUACACCACCAAUGAUGUUUAUCGUGAAGUCAACACCGCACUGUGCACUGAUGAUCGCUGUCUUCUGCAGAAACAUGCCAAAUUCAUCAAUUUGCUCCGUCAAGCUUUGUAUGGACACCGUGAACGAGGCAUUGUCUACCGUGGAAUGUUUCUUCCAGGCCGUGACCAUCAGCUCUACCAAGUGGGUCGGAGGUUCCUGUGGCCAGGUUUUACCUCUGCAAGCCGUGAUGAGCGUCGCGCCCAUGAAUUUGGGAGCUGCUCCGGCUGGGGCGAAAGAGUCCUGUUUGAGAUUGAUCUGGACUAUAUGCAAGGCCUCACGUGGGUGAGAGACAUCAGCUGGGCAUCGCAGUUUCCUCAGGAGCAGGAGCUCCUUUUUUAUCCAUACAGUGGCUUUCAAGUGGUGGACAGAGUGUGGAUGGGCGAAGAUUUGCAUAUCACUCUCAUUCCUGUUGACACGAAGGCAGUUGAAGCCAGGGGAAGAAGGGAGGCGGUGGCUGCAGCUUCAGCUGCUGCUCGUGCGGUGCGAGAAGCCUUGGAAGAGGAUGUGAUAGUGGCACUGAAGGGAAGGCAAGCAUCGGACCUGGCACUGUGCCUGGCACUUGCUGGCUGCGAGGAUCAGGAGAUCUUUGAUGCUCGCUUCAGAUGCCGGUACUCGUGGCCACUCUGUUGUCCCGAGUCCUCCAACUUGCGCGAUUUGCAGAUGGGUGCUCCCAUCACAAGUCCCAUGAAUGUUCCCAUGAUCAUUUUGAAUGUGCUGCACGAGUUGCAGACAAAGGGCGCACUUUCAACUGAAUCGGCCGCUCGCGCUGGCAUUGAUUUGGCCAUGGAGGAGGAGUGGUGCAUUUCUGAGAUUUUGAAGCACGUGAAGAGAGAACGAAAACAAGUGCUUGAAGUUGUCCUUGCUGAUGGUUCUUUGUGCCCAGGCUAUGAUGGACGACACAUGAACCCCGGACAUGCCAUUGAAGCUGGCUGGUUUGUCCUUCAGUAUGCCAAUCGCAGCGGCAGGGCUGAUCUAGUUCAAGUGGCAGAGCAGAUGAUUACCUGGUCGUUUGAGGAAGGCUGGGACAAAGAACAUGGUGGUUUGUUUUAUUUUCUUGAUGCAGAAGGCCGUUCUCCCGUGUAUUUGGAAUGGGACAUGAAACUCUGGUGGCCACACAAUGAGGCCAUGAUUGCUUUUGCGAUGUUGUAUGAAACUUUGGGGAAGGAAGAACAUUGGGAGUCCUUUGUGAAAGUGACGGACUAUGCCAUGAGCCACUUUAGCGACCCUCACAAUGGGGAAUGGUAUGGCUACCUGAAUCGUGAAGGGAAGGUGACACACCGCUUCAAGGGCGGACCAUACAAAGGUUGCUUCCAUGUGCCUCGAAGUUUGUUCAUGGUCCACCAAAUCUUGCGCCGCUGUUCAGCCAAAGCUGGUGUUGCUUCUGACUGA